UCCAAGCAAAAGCAUCUGAAACACAGACAGACAAAAAUCUCAUUCCAUUCCCUCAAAACAAAAAUCAAUCUUUCGGGGACGCAAAUAUCGAGUUCCAUAGGCGUUAUUCUACAUUCUUGAAGUUGUACUGAUCGAAAGAGUGAAGAAAACAAAUUUGGGUUUAUGAUCAAAGAGAUGCAGAAUAUGGGAACAGAGGAUCAUCAUUCUGAUACAGAGAGUGUUGGGAGCGAAAGAGCUUCAUAUAGUGGUCCAUUUAGCGGACCACUUGUUCUAAACAAGAGAGCAAGAAAAAGUGCAAGGUUUAAUAUACCAGGAGAAACCAUGAUGAAUUCCAUUAAUGGUACUGCAAGGUCUUCAGCUACGAAUAACGAAGACGACGAUGAAGCUUAUGUUGAGAUUACUCUAGACGUUCGCGAAGAUUCCGUUGCUGUUCAUAGUGUUAAAACUGCGGGAGGUGUUGCAGACCAUGAAGAUCCUGAAGUGACAUUAUUAGCGAGAACUUUAGAGAAGAAAUCAUCAUUUGGUUCAUCUAUCAUGAGAAAUGCUUCUUCCAGAAUCAAACAAGUUUCUCAGGAACUUAAACGUCUUGCUUCUAUCAACAAACGGUCUACGCCUGUACGUCGUUUAGACAGAACUAAAUCCGCAGCUGCAUACGCUUUGAAAGGACUCAAAUUCAUUAGUAAAACCGACGGUGGUGCCGGAUGGGCUGCCGUUGAGAAAAGAUUUGAUACUUUAACUGCUUCAACUAAUGGUUUAUUACACCGUUCUCAGUUCACCGAAUGCAUAGGGAUGAACAAGGAGUCUAAAGAAUUUGCACUUGAGCUUUUUGAUGCACUUGCUAGGAGGAGGCAUAUCAAAACAGAUUCACUUAACAAGCAUGAAUUGCAAGAAUUCUGGGAGCAAAUAUCGGAUCAAAGCUUCGAUUCUAGGCUCCAAACGUUCUUUGACAUGGUUGACAAAGAUGCUGAUGGAAGAAUCACUGAGGAAGAAGUCAAAGAGAUUAUUAGUCUAAGUGCUUCAGCGAACAAGCUAACGAACAUUCAAAAACAAGCCGAAGAAUACGCUGCCUUGAUCAUGGAAGAGCUUGAUUUAGACAACUUGGGUUACAUCAUGAUUGAGGACUUGGAGAUGCUACUGUUACAAGCUCCGCAGACAGUUAGAGGAGGAGAGAGUCGAAUUCUGAGCCAAAUGCUAAGUCAAAAACUUAUAGCAACUAGAGAGACGAAUCCGGUUAAACGAUCGUAUAACACCACUAAGUACUUCUUCUUAGAUAACUGGCAAAGGAUUUGGGUGUUCACUCUCUGGCUUGGAAUCUUGCUCGGUCUUUUUACUUACAAGUUCGUUCAGUAUCGUAACAAAGCAGCCUAUGAAGUUAUGGGGUAUUGUGUUUGCACUGCCAAGGGUGCUGCCGAGACGCUCAAGUUCAACAUGGCGUUGAUCUUACUGCCGGUCUGUCGCAACACUAUCACUUGGCUCAGAAACAAGACCAAGCUAGGCGUUGUCGUUCCUUUUGACGAUAAUCUCAAUUUCCACAAGGUGAUUGCGGUUGGAAUUGCGAUUGGAACUGCGUUACACGUGAUAGCUCAUUUGGCUUGUGAUUUCCCUCGUCUCCUACGCGCUUCAGAAGAAGCGUAUGAGCCUAUGGAGCCUUUCUUUGGAAAAGAACAGCCUGAAAGUUACUGGUUUUUCGUUAAGGGAAUUGAAGGUGUAACGGGAAUCGUAAUGGUGGUUUUGAUGAUAAUAGCAUUCACAUUCGCCUCUCCAUGGUUCCGACGCAACAGAAUCAAGUUACCAUGGCCUUUCACCGGAUUAACAGGAUUCAAUAUGUUCUGGUACACUCACCACUUGUUCAUUAUCGUUUACACUCUUCUCAUUGUCCAUGGAAUCAAGCUCUACCUUACCAAAGAAUGGUACAAGAAAACGACAUGGAUGUAUUUGGCAGUACCAGUUGCCCUGUACGCUUGCGAAAGAUUAACUAGAGCUCUGAGAUCAAGUAUCAAGCCAGUUAAAAUACUAAAGGUUGCUGUGUAUCCCGGAAAUGUAUUGUCACUGCACAUGUCCAAACCACAAGGAUUCAGAUACAAGAGCGGGCAGUACAUGUUUGUCAACUGCUCUGCUGUCUCUCCCUUUGAAUGGCAUCCAUUCUCCAUAACUUCAGCUCCAGGAGAGAAUUACCUGAGUGUCCACAUUCGAACUCUGGGAGACUGGACAAGACAGCUCAAAACUGUUUUCUCUGAGGUCUGUCAGCCUCCAACCGGCGAUAAAAGUGGACUACUGAGGGCAGAUUUCCAUGGAGCUGGAGGAAACAAUCCACCAUUCCCAAGAGUGCUGAUAGACGGACCGUACGGUGCACCAGCACAAGACUACAAGAAAUACGAGGUAGUACUGUUGGUUGGGUUAGGGAUCGGAGCUACACCAAUGAUCAGCAUUGUAAAAGACAUUGUGAACAACAUGAAAGCCAUCCAAGAAGAAGACGAUCUCGAAGCGUCUUAUAACUCCUUGGGUAUGGAAACACCCAAGAACGAUCAUAGUAAUGGUAGCUCGAGCAACAUUAGGAAAGGAUUCAAGACCAAGAGAGCUUAUUUCUACUGGGUGACGAGGGAACAAGGCUCUUUCGACUGGUUCAAAGGUGUCAUGAAUGAGGUGGCCGAGAUGGAUACUCAACAGGUUAUUGAACUUCACAAUUACUGUACCAGCGUGUACGAGGAAGGUGAUGCUAGGUCUGCCUUGAUUGCUAUGUUACAGGACCUUAACCAUGCGAAGAACGGUGUCGAUGUUGUUUCUGGUACGCGUGUUAAGUCUCAUUUUGCAAAGCCUAAUUGGCGCAAUGUUUACAAGAGGAUCGCACUCAAUCACAAAGAUUCACGAGUUGGAGUAUUCUAUUGUGGAGCGCCAGCACUGACAAAAGAUUUACGUCAGCUAGCAUCAGAUUUCUCUCGCAAAACAAGCACCAAAUUUGAUUUCCACAAAGAGAAUUUCUAAGAAAUUUAAUAAAAAUGAGUUAUUCAAUCCAAGAAUCAUGUACAGAGUUUCUCAAUGAGUUUCAGAGUUCAAGCAGAACCGCAAGAAUUAGUCACACGUCCGCAGACCGGGGGGCUAGUAAGCUGCUGCUUCGAUUGUGCAAGGUCCUCUCCACGGUGUGAUCACAUAUAUGGAUAUAUAGGUAUAUAGAAUUACAUUAAAUUACUAAACUAGAGGUUUUCGUGUCUAAGUUGGAUAUCUACCCUCACUUACUACGUAUAUAGGUAUUUCUUUUUAAUUUAUUUAAUUGAUAAUGAUAUUUUUGAUUAAAUUUCCAUUAAUUGAGUUUAGUAAUUGUAAAAUGUUUGUAGAAGGGAAGAUGAUGACAAUUUAAUUAAAGUUGUCUGCCUUCAUUUUAAUUUUUUUACUUUAGAAAUAGUAACGAUAAAUUGCAUUCUUUUGAUUAAAUA